GUGUUGACAAAAAGAGCUUGUAAUGUAGAGGAUACUGUUUGUUAUAAGGUUUAUAGUUGGUAGUAUCCAUGAUCUCCUUGAAUUAUCGGUGUUUGAUUUCUCUUUUUGAAGUACCAAUUUACUUACCAUAAUGGGUUUUAGUAAUACAACUCAUUUCAGAUUUACAUGCAGAUACACUUUUGUGCUAUAUGUAGUUCUGCUAGCAAAAAAGUUAAAUGGAGUGGCUAGUAAUCAUCGUUACAGUGGUUGUGCUGUGGGUGGCUUCACUCUUUAAAAUUCUUCACGAAUCGCUCUCUGCCUCACAAGUUGAAGUUUUGAAUGAUGGUGGGGGUUUUUGCAAGAGAAACGUGUUGUUGGUUAUUGCCCAUCCCGAUGAUGAGUCUAUGUUUUUCACUCCAACUAUUAAUUAUUUGUCUUCAAGAGGAUGUAAUUUGCACAUAUUAUGCAUGUCAACAGGUAAUGCAGAUGGUAUAGGCAAUGUCAGAAAAGAAGAACUUUAUUUAGCCUCGAUUGUGCUUAAGGUUCCACAAAAGCAAGUGAAAGUCCUUGACCAUCCAGAUCUACAGGAUGGUUUUGGCAAAUCAUGGAACUCUAAGUUACUGUCAAAGAUUAUCAAGGAGGAAAUUGUCAAUUGGGCAAUUGAUUUGGUCAUAACUUUUGAUAAUUAUGGAGUCUCAGGUCACUGUAACCAUCAAGAUGUUCAUCAAGGGGUACGAAAACUAUUGCAAGAUACUUCACAUAAAGAAGUUGAGGCCUGGGAGCUUGUUAGCACUAGCAUAUUGCGCAAGUAUAGUGGACCAGUUGACAUAUGGUUGUCCCUCCUAUCUGCCAAGUUCCAUUUAAGUGGAGUGGCGCAUUGCUUUCUAAAUGAACAUCCCAGAAGGAGCUUAGCUGCAAUGGCUCAGCACAGGAGUCAGUGGGUUUGGUUUCGCAAGUUAUUUGUUUCUUUCUCAAGUUACACAUACGUUAACUGCGUUAGGAAGAUCAACUAGAUACAUGUUAGAGCUGUUGGUUCAAGAAGACACUUGAAAGGAAGAUCAACUAGAUGUUGGUUCAACAACACUUGAAAUGGCAGUG